UAUCUAUAGUUGUGAGUUCUCAAGAUAAUCACACAUUUACCACAGAAUAACCAGAAGGGAUACUUUAAGCAAAUUACAAGAGUUCUUUUGAGCCACCGAAAAAGGCCGAUUGCCAUAUUGUUUUUGCGGCUGAGAGCCAGAGCCAGACUAUAAUAGACAAUUCCAGGAAAAAGUAUAAUAAGAAUUGUACGUAAUCCGCAAAAACAAAAUGUCGGACACUUAUCAGUCCCAGACUUGGAUCCCCUUCUGGUUAUUCUGUGUACCUACGUCGCAUUGUUAUCAAUAAACAAAUAAUACAUAGGUAACAUUAUUGUUAUGAGAAAAUAGGAAUUGAUUUGUAUUGGUUCAUUCUGUUAAUUAGUUAUUUAGUUUUAUAAUUAAUUGUAUUAUCUGGUUGUAAAAUUUAAACAAAUUUGAUGUUAUUAAACUCAAGCAACACAAACAGAACUUCUUUAAAAUUUAAUAGUUGUAUUCAAGAACGUGUUUGAGCAUUGGAAGAAAAAAAUGUACAAGAAACCUACUAGUCCAUUGUACGCUAAUGUCUCUGAUGUCAAAUAUCAGAACAGUAAAUCACCUGUAAACAAUGAACCCACAUACUACAACACUAUAACCAAUAAAGCCACUACUCAGCCAUCUCAACAUAUUUAUAGUAAUUUAAAAAACCAACAAAGCUCAAGUAAUAUUUAUUCUAAUAUUACGGAAACCAGCAAGCUGGGCUACAAAAACACUCAAUAUCCAUUGUAUGAUAAUGUGAAGCCAUUAGGUAAGGAUAACAUGCAUUGUCCACCAUCGCCAGUUAGUUCUAGUUAUUCAGAGUUACAUAAGGCUGUAAGCUAUGAAGAUGACACAAAAGAUUUUGAUAAUUCUUCUUCACAAGCAUCAAAAAUGUAUGAAUCGAUUUAUGAGCCAAUUAAUACGGUUCGACCACCAAGUGAGUUAUCUUCUACAUAUUCUAUGAAUAGCUUGUCACAGUCUAUUGCCGUCCGAGAACAUGAAACCGAAGUUGAUUCAUUAACUGAUCUCCUAGUAAACUCGAUGUCUGUAAAUGAAGGAAAAUCAAAUUUAGAAAAUAAUCAAAGUUCUUUAGACUGGAACUGCAACAAAUGUAAUGAAAAAGUUAUGGAAGAAGGUCUCGGAUGUACUGCAAUGGGCAAUAUUUAUCAUAUAAAAUGUUUUACGUGUACACAUUGUGGGGAUCAGCUUGAGGGAAAACCAUUUUAUCACAUAGACAAUAAGCCAUACUGUGAAGAAGGUUAUUUAGAUACUUUGGAAAAGUGUUCAGUUUGUCAAAUUCCAAUAUUGGACCGCAUUCUUCGUGCAACAGGGCGACCAUAUCAUCCACACUGUUUUCGAUGCAUUGUUUGCUCAUCUCUAUUAGAUGGAAUACCUUUCACUAUUGAUUCUGCCAAUCAAAUUUAUUGUAUUGAUGAUUUCCACAAGAAAUUUGCUCCAAAAUGCAGCGUUUGCCAAUUGCCUAUUAUGCCAGAGGCUGGACAAGAUGAAACCGUCCGAUUUGUGGCACUUGAUCGAAGCUUUCAUGUGCAAUGCUAUAGAUGUGAAGAUUGUGAUACAUUAUUAGGAUCUGAAUCCGAAGGUCGAGGCUGCUAUCCAUUAGACGAUCAUGUAUUGUGCAAAAGUUGCAAUGCUAAGAGAGUUCAAGCUUUAACAUCUAUAAUGAUAACGGAACUCUAAUUUCUCACUAGUACCUUACCGAUAGUUUUAUUAAGCAAAAUUCAUAACAUAUUUAUAUUAAAGUAGACUAGUUUAAAAUUUGACCAAGUAAUAAAACAGGUUUUAUAUUUUUUAAAUAUAAUAUUUAAAAACGAUUUUGAAGAAACUAAAGUAAGACAUUUUAUGUGGCAAAUGGGUUAAACCCAAAAUAAAAUUGUUAAUAACUAAAUUGAACUUGUAAUAUUUUAAUAGAAUGGCUAUGUGGUGUUGACUAAAAGUGUAAAAACAUAACUGUUGCUACAGGUUAAUCCAAAGUGCUAAUUCUAAAUUUAAAAAAUGUCUUGUGGGUAUCUUAAAUAUAUUACUCAUUUAUAGCCAACAUUAACAUAAACAUGUAUUAUAUUAUAACUACUUCUUGUAACAUUUAUUGUUAUAUGAUUAUAUAAAUUUUGUAUAUUAUUAUUAAGCAUGGUAAUCAUGCUCAUUCCAAACUAGUCCAUUCCAAUCGAUAAUAGUAUUAUUGUUAACUUUGGUUUUUAAACUUAAAAGCUAAAAAUAUGCUUCAUCUUUAUUAUUCUAUCCAGCUAAUUAUUAUUUAUAGUAUUAUAAUCUUUGUAUUCUGAUUUUGUGCAUAGUUUGUUAAGAAUAAAGCUCAUUA